AUGGACGACAACGAUCCGACUCGCCAAUUCUUCCCUGACCAAGAUGAGGUCGACUUGUACGACGUUCUCAGCGUCGGGAAUGAUGCCAAGCUUCAAGAAAUCAAGAAGUCAUACCGCCGGCUGGCAUUGAUUUACCAUCCAGACAAACACGCUACAGCUGACGAGCGCGCCAAAGCCGACGCGUCUGUCAAGUUCCAGCAGAUAGGUUUCGCGUAUGCUGUGCUCAGCGACGAAAAGCGUCGGAAGCGGUACGAUACGACAGGGAAGACGGACGAGGGGUUCGACAUGGGUUCUGGUGAUGACGGUUGGGAAGCGUACUUCGCAGACAUGUUCGACAGAGUGACGCGCGGAAAGCUGGAUGAGAUGAAGAAGGAAUACCAAGGGUCUGCUGAAGAGAUUGAGGAUCUCAAACAAGCAUACACUACGACGAGCGGUUCAAUCGGGGAGAUGAUGACCUACAUUCCUCAUUCCACUCAUGAAGACGAAGACCGCUUCAUCCUCGUCGUCUCAGACCUCAUUAAUAAGGGUGACCUACCCAGUCUUCGUGGAUGGGAAACCAGUACCAAGGACGAGAAGUCGCGGCUCGUCCGUAAGAAGCAGGGGGAGAAGGAAGCCAAAGAGGCUGAGCAAAUGGCCAAGGACCUCGGCGUCUGGGAUGAGUUCUACGGGAGCGGGAAGACAGGGAAAAGGCAAGGCAAAGGCAAAGGCAAGGAUACUAAGGCGGAUGAUGCGGAGGAGGAAGACACCUCGGUCUUACAGGCGUUAAUAUUGAAGAAGAAGCAGAAGAACAUGGAUUUCUUUGACGGGCUGGCCGCGAAAUAUGCUGAGCCCCCCAAGAAAGGCAAAGGGAAGAAACGCGCCAAAGCUGCGGAAGAUGAUGAAGAUACGUCGCCGAAGAAAAAGGGCAAAUACGCGCCGCCUGACAUCGACGACGAAGAAUUUGAGAGGUUACAAAGCCAACUUUUCAGCGACUCCAAGAAGGGAACAAGCAAAUCUGCGAGUAAGAAGGGGAAACGUAAGGGGAAGGCGUAG